AUGAAGACGAGGGGGUCCCUGAACCCAAAAAGACUGAGAACUCCUGCUGUUUUCAUCAUCAACCUGCUCAGGGACAGUAAAUAUUACCACUUCAGGCCGGUGAUGGACAUGUACAUCCAGAAACACUUCGCCGGAGCUCUGGCCUAUAAGGAGCUGAUCCGUUGUCUGAAGUGGUACAUGGACCGCUCGGCUGAGGUGGUCAGACAGGACCACAUCCAGGAGGCCAUGAGGGCGCUGGAGUAUCUGUUUAAGUUCAUCGUCCAGUCCCGGAUCCUGUACUCCCGGGCCACUUGUGGGAUGGAGGAGGAGCAGUUUCGCACCAGCAUCCAGGAACUCUUUCAGUCCAUCCGCUUCGUCCUCAGUCUGGACAGCCGCAACUCAGAGACACUCAUCUUCACCCAGGCCGCCCUGUUGAACUCGUUCCCGGCCAUCUUCGACGAGCUCCUGCAGAUGUUCACGGUCCAGGAGGUGGCGGAGUUUGUGCGCGGCACGCUGGGCAGCAUGCCGUCCACGGUCCACAUCGGGCAGUCCAUGGACGUGGUGAAGCUGCAGUCCAUCGCUCGAACCGUGGACAGCAGGCUUUUCUCAUUUCCUGAGUCUCGGAGGAUCCUGCUCCCGGUGGUCCUGCAUCACAUUCAUCUCCACCUGAGGCAGCAGAAAGAACUGCUCAUCUGCUCAGGAAUACUCAGCUCCAUUUUCUCCAUUAUCAAGAGCAGCUCACUGGUGACUGGUUGA